UCUACGUCACGACGUAAUUCAGCAAAAUAUCCUCACCAGCCAAAAGGACUGUUUCGUAUUUUGCCUGUAAGUUGAGAGUUUUGUAUUGCUAAUACCGCAGAAUAUCAUUGUUUUAAGUUGUUUACAUAUCAUAACUAAUAACAUACUCAGUGGUAUAGGUUACACCUGUGCAUGGUUUUCGUAUUAAUUAACGACUGCUGUAACUGGAAGUCGGAUGAGUAGCCUAGGCUGCGAUCCCAGGAGCUACGGAAGUCCACCAGUAGGCUAUAGCGGUGGAUGAAGACCCACAGAAAGGAUGAUCUACAUCAUAAUGGGAGUCUCAGGCUGCGGAAAAAGCACCCUAGGGGCCUUCUUAUCAGAAAAGCUGGGCUGGCCCCUGCAUGAAGGGGAUGACUUCCACCCACAGGGGAACUUAGACCAGGACAGAUUGCCUUGGCUUCUCAAGCUACAUGAAGUCAUUGAGAGAGAAAGGGCUUCAUGCUCUGAUGCUCUCGUGGCGUGCUCCGCCUUGAAGCGCCUCUACCGACAGAUCCUGCUCUUCGGCUCCAAAGCCCUCGCUUCCUCCUCCGAUCCAGACCAAGAUGUCCUACCUCCGUCCUCCCCUGAUGUCUUUUUUCUCUUCCUACAUGGGGACUACGAUCUGAUUCAGCAGAGGAUGGUGGCCCGCAAGGGGCACUACAUGAAAGCAGAGCUGCUGCGUUCCCAGUUUGAUGUUUUAGAGCCUCCGUCGGAUGAGGAGAAUGUGUUGCCACUUGACAUCAGGAGGGGCGUCACCGACAUGGCCAUGGAGGUCGAGAAGCACAUCAUCAGCCUCAUGGCGUCACCAAUGCCUUGAGCACAGUCCGCAUCUAGUGUUAUAUCUUAGGGCAGCUGGCACGUAAAGCACAGUUUGAGUUGUGGUGUAAGACCAGAAAGAAGCUUGUGCAGUAGUGUGAGUUUUGGUUUGAUCUACUCUAUAGCGCUUUACUACAGCACAACUACACACACAACCUGUGUGACAUUUCAUAACACCAUUGCCUUUCAAGUAUAUUCCUGCUGAGUAUUUUAUAUUGCAAAAGUUUAAAUGGGGACCAUUUAGUGGUUUGUUUUGUGAAUGAGAAAUGAAACUCCUCCACCAGUACGCCACCAAGAAAAAGGCUAGAUGUUCAUACGAGCAGUUUCACAUAGUGUGGACAUUAGCUCUUUUUGAACUUCUGAAAAUGAUCGUGGUAGUACUUAGGGCAGGGCAAUAUAUUGAUAUUGUAUCCAUAUUGUUAUAUGAGACUAGAUAUCGUCUUAGAUUUGGGAUGAAUCGUAAUAUGGUAAAAGUUGUCUUUAACUGGUUUUAUAGGUGAUGUCAUUUUCUGAACUCACCAGACUGUUCUAGCUCUUCUAUUAUUUACCUUUACCCACUAAGUCAUUACAUCAUUUCUGGAGAAUAUUAAUCAGAAAUCUCAUUGUGUAAAUAACAUUUUGUUGAAGCACCAAUAGUCAACUCUACAUUGUUGUCGCAAUAUCAACAUGGAGGUAUUUGGUCAAGAAUAUCGUGGUAUUUGAUUUUUUUUCUAUAUUGCCCAGCCCUAGUAGUACUGUCAAGAUUCAUGUUUCAGUAAUUUGACUAAUCUAUUUGACAGCACAGAGCGAGUUAUGGACAAAUGCCUUGAGCAAAACAGGCAAAAUCUUUUUAAAACGUUUUAAACAGUAAAACAAACCUGACCAUGCAGAAAAUGCACAGAGAAGUUUACUGAUUAGAUCCGUUUUAAUGUAUUUUGAUACAUGGCUAUAACAGACUUCUGUUGAUCCAAGUCGCACAAGUAUGGAAACAUGAAAUUAAAAUUAAACGGAUGAUGGUUUUGUUUGACUAUUUUUAUCCAAUGUUUUAAUAUUUAACUUUGAUAACAAUCCCAAACCCAAAGAUAUUCAGUUUACAAUCACAAGAGACAAAGAAGCAGCACAUCCUCACAAUUCAGAAGCUGGAAACAGUGAAUUUUAGCUAAUCUAUUCUUGAUAUAUAAUAUAUAAAUGAUUAAUGGCUAUUCAUAAUAGUUUCUAAUUCAUUUUUCUGUCAGUAGACUAAUCAAUAAUCAGCUAAUUGUUUCAGUACUACAGAGAACCCAUUUAUAUUUCAGAAGUAAUGCCUUUGUCUUCAAACCUAAUGAGUUAACUCAUAC